AUGUUAACGAAAAAAGAAAUUGAACAAUUAAUUAAUAAAAAAAAUUCAUCAUUGAGAAUUAUCAAACCAACAGUAACACCAAAAUCUUCAGCUGUUUGGAAUAGUUUUAGUCAUAUUUAUGUUAACGAUAUCAAACAGGAAUAUGUUAUUUGCAAUCAAUGUGAAGAAUUACUUAUUUAUAAACCAUCCUUUGGCACUAAUUCCUUAUCUAAACAUGCUAGUAGCUGUCAAAAGAUCAAAACGACAGUUUCUCAUAAUCAAACAACUAUCAAUCAAUUUUAUGCAUCUUCAAAAAAUGAACCUGCUAUUCCAGAUCGAAUAAAGCAGGAAAUCAAAAUUGCUUGUGUUGAAUUUGCAGCACUUGAUUCUCGAUCAUUUAAAACAAUUCAUGGAAUAGGCUUUGAAAAUCUUGCACAAAAAAUUUUCGAUGCCGGCAAAUAUUUACCUAUAUCUAAAGGUAUUAAUGUUGAAAAACUACUUCCACAUCCAACGACAGUUAGCCGUGAAGUUAAUAAAUUAUAUAAUCAAAAGCAUCAGCAAUUAGUUUCAAUUUGUGAAAAAAUGCUUGAAUAUAGUGUUGUUGUUGAUUUUUGGAAGGAUAUCCAUACGGAUUCGUUGGAAUAA